CUUGCAUAUGUUCGGAUGGCAAAGAAGACCCUGGAUAGAAAAAAGAGCUCACUUGAAGUUAUCUUCACGUGUAUGAUUAGCGAGCUUUUUGUUAAAAUGUUUGGUCUAAAGGCAGGUGCUUUUAUCAUCGGUCGUAUGCUCACAAAUACAACUACUACGCUCUCGAACAUGGUUGGACCAACAGAGCAAGUAGAGUUCUAUGGACACCCAUUUGUCUUCAUUGCACCUACAGUUUAUGGUAUUCCACAAGCUUUAAUUGUACACUAUCAGAGUUACAAUAGCACUAUUAAGGUAAUUUUGUCAGUUGAUGAGGAAAUAAUUCCAAAUUAUACUCAACUUCUGGAUGACUUUGUUGAGUCUUUCGGGCACAUUAAGGAUGCGGCUUCAAGGCUUUCAACACAUGUCAAGAAAGGAUAAUCAACAUACAAAUGCAUUAGCGUGCUUUCUGAAACUGCAUAAUGCAAGCAGUAUAUUCCCACAUGUUUGAUGUGUGUCUCAUGGCUCACACGGCAAUAGUAAUUAAAAUCAGAAACUCUACAACCAUGGAUGGAAGUCAAAUGUAUUAAGUUCACUAUUAUUGUUGGAUAAUGAUGUGUUGCAUUAUAUGAAGCACAAUAGUUAUACCAUUAUUGUGUAUAAUGCACACUAUUAGAAAUUUGUUGAUGA